AUGGCGGGGCCCAAUGGCUUCAUCGCGGCGGUAACGGGACAGGCUCACGAGGUGCCUUUUGUGGGGCAGAGAACAGACUCGGUCCCCGCUGCCAAAGAAAAUAUUAUCACCCAUGUUUUCCACGACAACAACAACAACAACAACAACAACAAGCAAGAACACGCACCACCACAGACACGGCAAGAUUCGAGGCAAAGGUUGGACAUGUUUCUGGACAACAGCCAAUGCUCUCAUUCUAUGUCUGCUCCUACCCCCUAUUCACCAGGAUCGCAUCUACCUCUGCUAGAAAUGAACGAAUCGCUCCCAAAUGCAACCCAGACCAGAAACGCUUUUUGCGACCUAAAGGCGGAAGUGAUGAAAAAAAAAUAA